AUGGCUACCGGCUUUCCGAAUCCGGUACUCCACCUUGGACGACAUGCCGCCCGAAAUCCUGGCACUGAUCCUGGACGUUUGCCUGGUCUCACGCCGCUUCGACGAAUGGCCCGCCCCCUGCUGUACCGCAUCGUUGCCCUGUGGCACGAGUCGUCCAUGGUCCUCUUCCUCCGCACGCUGUGCGAGAAGCCUCGCUACGCCCACUGGACGCGACAUCUAUCCUGCCACCUGACCCUGACCAGCGAGAGCGUGAUCCGCGAGACCCGCCGAGCUCUCACCAAAUACCUGCCCUCCAUCAAGCUGGUGAUUGAGUCCGAGAACCUCAAUAACAUGGCCCGCCAGGUGCUGGCUGCUUUGAAGUUCGGCAUCCAAACGAACCAGCGGACCCCAACACUGCCCGGCCUGGUUGACCAUUAUCCGCAAUUAGUCCUGUUAGUCAUCUUGAUCUUUCUCACCAAACUGGAGAUCUUGCUUCUGCAGGUCUCCAUCUGCGAUGAUAACCCGGAAUGCGACGGCUUUUGCGCGCAGGUAGAGGCGGGCGACGCGGACUUGUUAGAGCACUUCGAAGCAGAGAAUUGCGACUGCGAGAUUCCAGAAGCUUGGGGCGCCCAGCCGCGCCAAUACGCCUCACUCUACGAGUCGUUCCCCAAGCUAACUACACUCGAAGUCAGCGCCGACGACGGCAUCUGGACCAACGUGGAAGAGGAGCGUCUUUCCUUUCUAGUCGGCGGCAGGGUUCCAACCCUCUACCUCGCCAACAUCCGCAAGAUCUACCUGCACAGUCUCGCCUGUCCGCGGAAUUUGCACCAGAUCCUGCUGAACGCGCCUAAGCUGGAGACCUUGUACAUGGCGUCGCGCCCUUACGAGCCUACCAUUGAGACGUACCACAGCAACAGCACCCACGCCGACCCGGAAGCAUUUGAUUAUGGGCUGAUGCGGCAUGCAAAGAAGCUGCGCAACCUGGAUAUCAGCUGGGUCGAUGUCCGUGGAUUUGAAUGUCUCAUCGGGCCCGAGGGUAGGCUCGCCGCCCUGGCCCAAAUGGAACGGCUCGAGACACUGUGUAUUCAACUGGCCGUUUUAUACGGGAAACCAUCUAUUGUGGCCGAGACCCCUCUCGUUAACCUGCUCCCGCCGAAUCUAGUCGAGCUGACGCUCGAGGACUGGUGGUGGCAGAAUGCAGACAUGGUUGAGGUCCUCCCGUGCUGGGACGUCGAGGACAAGGUCAAGCAUUACCAAUCCCACCACGGCUACAGAGAGACCGCGCUGCGGACCCUGACGCAGUUCGCGCGCAACGUGAGGACACGGAUGAGCAAGCUAAAGAAAGUGGUGUUUCUGUGCAAGAUCCCGUGGACAUGGGUUAUGGAGGACGGAGUCCCCCUCGAGUUCCAUUUUGAGCAGCUCACGCUGAUGUUCAACACGCAGGACAUUGACUUCCAAAUCAACUGCGACGAAGUGUCAGAGCAGACUCGGGAGGUUAUUCCCGGCCGGUGUUAGUUUAGGGCUUUGAGCGCCCUACAGCAAUACGAGUUCACUAGUCAACGCCAAGAUAUUGGGGCUCUGCGUAGGCUGCGACAGAGAGUUUCGGUGAGAGACUGUGGAUUGCUGGAACCUUCUGUCAGAUCCCUGCAAUCUGACUGUUUCUGCGGAAGCUCAACC